AUGCCGAGUCUCAUUCGGCAUCUGCAUGACUUCGCCAGAGAGGUGGACCUGACCAUUGAUGAGUGGAUGGCGGGCAUUGAGCUGAUCAAUGAGUGUGGUCGGAAGUCCGAUGAUAAGCGCAAUGAGACCGGACUGUUGUGUGAUAUUCUUGGGCUUGAGUCGCUCUCUGACGAGAUCACCUCCAAGCUAUUAGCAAGCUCUGAUGGUGUAACGCCGUCUGCCAUCCUUGGCCCAUUCUACCGGGAGAAUGCACCAAUUCUGCCCAAUGGGAGCUCCAUAGUAACAGUCCAUGAAUCAUGGGCAGAAGCAGCGGCACGAGACUCAGCCUUCAUCACGGGUCGCGUGUUCUCUGGCUCGAAGAAGCCGAUAUCUGGUGCAAUCGUCGAUGUCUGGCUAUCGGCUCCCAAUGGGUUAUACGAGCAGCAGGAUGAUGCACAGGCCGAGAUGAAUCUCCGUGGUCGCUUUCAGACCGGUGGCGAUGGGCGAUACAGCCUGUACGCCUUGCGACCGACGCCAUAUCCCAUUCCGAGUGACGGACCAGCAGGCCGUUUCUUGCAGCUGCUAGACCGGCACCCGUAUCGCCCGGCCCACAUCCAUUUUAUCGUUUCGGCUCCCGGCUUCCGGACACUCACGACGCAGGUCUUCGAUAGUCGUGACAAGUACAUCACGACAGACUCCGUAUUUGCGGUCAAGGAGGAAUUGGUUGUCGACUUUGUGCCUCGAGAAGGAGACGAGCACGCCAAAUGGACCUUGGAGUACGACUUUGUUCUUGGGGAAGACUUAUGA